AACAAACUCGGAUGGAGGCACACGAGAUGGCAUCACUGCCACUAUCGGCGGGGUCAGCUCCUGUUUCGUCCUCCGAGGCCAAUGUGACUCCACGGGAGUCUAAAGUGCAAGAGCUGCCCGCGAUUGAUGGAGGGUGGCAGGCAUGGAGGUUUUGUGCGGCCGGUUUCUUAAUUGAGGUGAUGAUAUGGGGGCUUGAGUUCAGUUAUGGUAUUUUCCAGGACUACUAUACCUCACAUCCCCCAUUCAGCUCUGCAUCACCUGUAACGAUCGCAGCGGUAGGCACAACCUCGAUUGCUGUUCAAUACUGCGAGACCAUACUGCUUUCACUGUUCUUCGAACGUUACCCGGAUCUUUUGAAGGCAAGCGUCUGGGUCGGCCUAGUACUAGCUUUCGCCUCCCUUCUGCUCGCGAGCUUCGCAAAACAGAUCUGGCAGCUUGUCCUCCUGCAAGGCGUCAUUUUCGGUGCCAGUGGUGCAUUAAUGUAUUAUCCAAUUCUGGUCCUCCUGCCGCAAUGGUUCGUCCAGCGCCGCGGCCUCGCUACGGGGAUCAUCUUCUCCGGGUCCGGUAUCGGAGGCUUCAGAUGGACACUCCGUAUCUGUGCGUUCGCUGUUCUGGUUGUAGCAGGAAUUGGGGUGCUGGGUAUGAAGCCGCGCCUGCCCACACCCACAUUUCAACGUGGACAGCGUAGACCUCGCUUCAUUCCCCCACAGUUACAAUUCAUCAAGACACCACUCUUCUGGGCUCUGGGCGUGUCGACGGUACUUCAGGCACUAUCCUUCUUCUCCGUGUCGCUCUACAUCGCGCCGUUCGUCAACCUUAUCGCGUCGCCCCUUUAUGCGUCCGUCGCUCUGUCAUUGUUCAACUCAUCUGGGGUCGUCGGCCAGAUCGUCAUCGGCCACCUCUGCGACCGCCUCCCGUACGCCUGGAUCAUGUUUACUUGCACACUGGGGAGCGGCAUCGCAGUAUUUGUGCUCUGGGGCUUCGCGCACACACUUCCACCUAUUUUUGUGUUCUCCGUCAUUUUCGGCGGCCUGAUGGGCGGCUUCAAUUCCGUCGGCCCCAUCGCCGCCUCGGACUGUGCCGGGAACAAGCCAGAGCAGUCGAGCCUUGUCUGGGCGUGCUCGUUCUUCCUAAAAGGGAUUGCGGCCGUAGUUGGUCCCCUCGUCUCCGGUAUCUUGUAUGACGCAGGGCGCUCCUCGGGCCAUCGCAUCGACACCCGUUACGGCGCCUUUGGCUUCGGGCAGGUAGAAAUCUUUGUAGGCGUCUGUGCGAUGGCAACAAGCGUCAUGAGCAUUGUCGUCGCUAUUGCGAGGCGCAGGGUGCGCGCCUGAGUGAUU